AACACACCCAUAAACAAGUCACGUGAUCUAAAAACAAAAUGGCGAUGCUUUCUUUGCUGCUAAGGAGGUCUUCUUUGCUAGCUAGACCGUCUUCUUUAGCUGGAAGACAUGCUGUUUCUCAAGCGAGAUUAGCCAGCUCACAAGCACCAGAAAAGAUCAGAGUUUAUGUAAAUGAUAUUCCAGUUUAUUGUGAACCUGAAACCACUGUACUGCAGGCGUGUGCGUUGGCAGGUGUUGAGAUCCCAAGGUUCUGCUAUCACGACAGGUUAUCAGUGGCUGGUAAUUGUCGGAUGUGUCUCGUUGAAGUUGAGAAAUCAGCAAAGCCUGUAGCGUCUUGUGCGAUGCCAAUAAUGAAGGACCAGAAGAUAUGGACAGACUCACCUGCAACAAGGAGGGCUAGAGAAGGUGUGAUGGAGUUCCUUCUAGUCAAUCAUCCAUUGGAUUGUCCGAUUUGUGAUCAGGGAGGAGAGUGUGACCUACAGGAUCAGUCAAUGGCUUUUGGUAGUGAUAGAAGUCGCUUUGUUGAUAACAGCUUUGCCGGAAAAAGGGCGGUAGAGGAUAAGAACAUUGGUCCGCUGGUGAAGACUAUUAUGACCCGUUGUAUCCACUGUACUCGCUGUGUCAGGUUUGGUAAUGAGGUAGCAGGUGUGUCUGAUUUGGGUACUACAGGAAGAGGUGGUGACAUGCAGAUUGGUACUUAUGUUGAGAAACUCUUCCGCUCUGAGCUCUCGGGUAACGUUAUUGACCUUUGUCCUGUUGGAGCCCUCACCUCAAAACCAUACUCCUUCACUGCUCGACCCUGGGAACUGAGGUAGUGACUGGCUGUAC